CUCUGUUAUUUUCCUUGACCUCUUCUAUAUAUACUUAUAAUAUAAACAUCACAAACACAACCCAUUACACUUCCUUGGAUCUCUUUCCAUACCCUUUACACCUUUUCUCAAUUUUUGCUUUUAGUGUUAUUCAAGAUGACUGAUGAGAACAAUGAAGAAACUCAAGAAAGUCGUCCAACUCCACGGUUGAAUGAAAGGAUUCUUUCAUCUUUGUCAAGGAGAUCAGUUGCUGCACACCCUUGGCAUGAUCUUGAAAUUGGACCUGGAGCACCCCAUAUUUUCAAUUGUGUUGUGGAGAUCACUAAGGGAAGUAAGGUCAAAUAUGAACUUGACAAAAAGACUGGAAUGAUUAAGGUUGAUCGAAUUCUGUAUUCGUCAGUUGUUUAUCCUCAUAACUAUGGUUUUAUCCCUCGGACUCUAUGUGAAGACAAUGAUCCAAUUGAUGUCUUGGUUCUCAUGCAGGAGCCUGUUCUUCCUGGUUGUUUCCUGCGAGCCAGGGCCAUCGGACUAAUGCCGAUGAUUGAUCAGGGUGAGAAGGAUGAUAAAAUCAUUGCGGUAUGCGCGGAUGAUCCGGAGUAUAAGCACUAUAGUGACUUUAAAGAACUUCAACCUCAUCGCCUAAUGGAGAUUCGUCGCUUCUUUGAAGAUUAUAAGAAGAAUGAGAACAAAGAGGUAGCAGUUAAUGAAUUUUUGCCACCAGCCACUGCUGUUGAAGCCAUCCAACACUCAAUGGAUCUUUAUGCGGAGUAUAUUCUGCACACCUUGAGGCGAUAGACAAUAAUACUUUUCAUGAACUUGAAUAAGCUGCAACACUCUAGACAAUUUUUGAAUAUAUUUUGAUGAAAAAUUAUUGUAUUUUUUUUUUGUAUUGAAUUGGAUUAAUAUA